AUGGCGGGAAUACGCGUCAUGCGCAGUGAAGCCCUUCCCGCAGGAAAGGUCUGUAACCCGGACAAGGAUGUGGUAAAGACGUCAGGAUUAUCAAGGACUAUUAUGGCGUCGGCAGAACGACAGGCCAAUAAAAGGACGAAUAGUGAUAGGUCAGCAACGCCACAGUCGGCAGAACGACAGGCCAAUAAAAGGACGAAUAGUGAUAGGUCAGCAACGCCACAGUCGGCAGAACGACAGGCCGAUAAAAGGACGAAUAGUGAUAGGUCAGCAACGCCACAGUCGGCAGAACGACAGGCCGAUAAAAGGACGAAUAGUGAUAGGUCAGCAACGCCACAGUCGGCAGAACGACAGGCCGAUAAAAGGACGAAUAGUGAUAGGUCAGCAACGCCACAGUCGGCAGAACGACAGGCCAAUAAAAGGACGAAUAGUGAUAGGUCAGCAACGCCACAGUCGGCAGAACGACAGGCCGAUAAAAGGACGAAUAGUGAUAGGUCAGCAACGCCACAGUCGGCAGAACGACGGGCCAAUAAAAUGAGCAAAACAGCUGUCAUUCAGGAAGGUUGA